GAUAAAAAUAAUAAUGUCAGAAACUCGGGAAUUGCCCGACUUAUCGCGCGCGGACACGGCCGCUCGCAAACCGACGCUGAUUCCCGGUGUCCCGCCUGUCGGGCUAAAAAUGCCGGAUAACCCUCUGCUCCACUAUCGCGUUGAAAAGAUCCGCAAACAAGAGGCUGCAGAAAUAUUGGAACGCGCGGCGGCGCAGCAGCAGCAGCGGCAUCGAGCUAAGCGCAUUCAAUAUCCUCAAAGACAGCAGAGCGAGUGCGGCCUGCUGCUGCAUCCGGCUGAGAAGGCCUGCGUCGAUAAAAUGAGGCGGUUCGCCGAGAGCCUGCCAAUUCACGGACUCCUUCCAGAAUGGGAGCAGGCGAUGCGCGAGUUCAUCCCCCGAUGGUUACGCGACAAGUUCUCGGCCAUAUUCGAGGCUCAAAUGGACGAGGUGAAGCAGCGCUAUCUCGAGCAGAUACGCCAGACGAGCUUGCGCUGCCUCGUAAAGCUCGACGGUGCCAGCGAUUGGCUGGACGAUCCACCGUACAAGCUUCCCGGACGAACGGAAAACUACGAAAAGUUUUUGAAGAAUCGUUGCUCUGUGGCGAGGAAGUACUACCUGGCGCAUAAACUCAUGAGGACCAUCGUCGCCAGGGCUGCGACGAAGCUUCCCAGGCUGAUUUGCGACUUCGGGAAGUACAGGGAGAAGGGAUACCUGGACUUUUUGCAAUUCCUCGAGUUAGCCGAAUCGGACAUGAAACGCGGUACGCUGCGCAUCGGCGCCUCGUACCACUCGGAGAUCGCGAAGCUGAUCUCGCGCGAGUCUCGCUGCGCUUCUCGCCGACCGCCCCCAGGCUUUUUCCGCUGCGCCGGAGGCCUCCUCUCGCUGCAGAUCAUCGAUCGCAUGCGCGAAACCGUCGAGCAUCUGCUCGAGCUGCUUUCGGAUCCGCUCAGAUCACCGAUGCUCGGGCUGACCUUAAAAUGUGAAAACAACGAUCUCUUCGUCAGUCCGUUGAUGCGCGAGAUCCAGGCGACGUUCCACACAUUCAUAGACCGAGUGGCUCAAUCGGCUCGUCAACUUCCCUCCCUCGAGUCCCUCACAAAAAUUCAAGCCGACAAGGAGGACGUCGGUGCGGCGAAACUGCCCGACUGGUACCUCGACGAGUGUCAUCAGCGGCUCACUCGUAUCCUGGACGACGCGUUCGAACCGCUGGUGCGACACGUCGACGAGGUCAGGGAGAGGUUUCGGCCGGUUUACGAUGUCCAGUCGCAGAAGAAACAGGUCGCGAGUGUCGUGGAAAAUGAAGACUUUAACGUGUGUUUGAAAAAACUCGAGGAGUUUGGUCAGAACGUCGCUGCCGUGCAUGGAAUGACCGCGAACGAGUACUUUCCCAACUGUAAAUUAUACCAAGAGGAGGCGAAAAAAGGCCUGAAGCGCUACACGGAUGAAGUCGGAAAGCUCAUAAUAAGCGAACUCGUCGUUAGACACAGGAAUUUCAAUCUCGGCAUCUGCGCUGAAUUCGAAGUCAUCCGAGAAAAAGCACUUCGCAUUCCCGAGGAAACUGAGGAAUUGCUUGAGCUCGGUCGUUACAUGCUUCACGCGUCGGCGACGAUACUGGAAACUCUGCGGACAAAGAUCAGCCAGUCACUGAGCAUGAUGGCGUCCCUUUUCGAGAUGACAUCGCUGAGUCGCGAACACAUAGAGCUGAACAACGAGACCGUCAAUUGGCUGCAGCAGCGCAUCAAACCGAUUUUGGAGAAAAACAGCGUGAUGUACGAGCAGAAGAAGUUCGAGCUGGAGGAGAGGCUGCAAGCUCGAGUAGCUGCUUUGAACAAGCAGGUCGAGGAUGCAUUUCCAAGACUCGUGCUAAUGGACGACAUGGACGACGCUGGUCGCAUAGCCGAGUACAUCGAGUACAUGCGGAAGUUCGCUCGUGAUCUAGAUCGAAUGGCUGAACAAGUCGAGUGGAUCAACAGAGAGGAACGGCUCUUUGAAUUCCCCGAGACGACCUACCCGCGAAUCGCUGAAUUGAGAGACGUCGCGAUCAUGCCGUUUUACGGAUUGAUAUACAGAGCUCACCAGUGGCAAAGGGAUCUCGGUGUCUGGAUGGAUGGACCUUUCGAGUACUUGGACUCGAACGUCGUGGAUAGCAAGACCACCGAGUACUUUCAGGACUUUUCCAAGACUAGCAAGGCUUUCAAGACGAAGAUCAAGAUGCAGGCCGCUAUGAAUUAUCCCUAUAGUUUCGGCGGUUCUGUAGACGACCCUGAUCCCUAUCAGCAACCAGCGCCGAUGAAACUGUGCUACCAGCUGCUCGAGAACGUCAAAUGGUUCAAACACUGCGUCCCACUGGUCCUGUGCUUCUGCAACCCAGCACUUCGCCAGCGCCACUGGGACGAGAUGAGCGCUAUAGCCGGUUUCGACCUGACCCCGAACGCCGGAACGACUCUGCGAAAGAUCAUCCAGAUGAAUCUGACGGAGCACUUGGACCUAUACGAGCAGAUCAGCGUCGGAGCAACUAAGGAACUGGGGCUGCAACAGCUUCUCCAGAAGAUGACGAGCGAGUGGGACGACGUGCAUUUCACGACGAUGGCUUUCAAAGACAGCCGAGUGAAUAUUCUCACGCAGCUGGACGACAUUCAAGCUCUGCUCGAGGAGCACAUUGUGAAGGUCCAGGCAAUGCGAGGCUCCGCCUUCGUCAAGCCCAUCGCCGACGAAGUCAAAGUUUUUUACGAUCUUCUGCUGAGGAUUCAAAAGACUCUCGAUGAAUGGGCUAAGGUGCAGGUACAAUGGAUGUAUCUCCUGCCAAUAUUCUCAAGCAAAGACAUCGUCGCCCAGCUCCCCGAGGAGGGCAUUCUCUUCGUCGAGGUCGACGGAACUUUCCGCAAGGCUAUGCAGGGUGUCACCAGGGAGCCGCGAGUUCGCGAGACCGCUGGUUCCUUAGGUCUGUACGAAGCGAUGCGCGACGCGAACGAAUUGAUGGAGCGGGUGAACGAAGGCGUGGCGAAUUAUCUGGAGAAGAAGAGGCUGUGCUUCCCGCGAUUCUUCUUUCUGAGCAACGACGACAUGCUGGAGAUACUGUCCGAAACAAAGGACCCGCUGCGGGUUCAGCCUCAUUUGAAGAAGUGCUUCGAGGGCAUCGCGAAACUCGGAUUUAACGAGAAGCUCGAAAUAUACUCGAUAAUCAGCGACGACAAGGAGGAAAUCAUGAUGCAAGAGGUGAUAUCUACCGAGGCGGCUCGGGGUUGCGUCGAGAAGUGGCUUGUUCAAGUCGAGGAGGAGAUGGUAGCUUCGAUCCGCCAUGAGAUUCUCAUGAGCUAUCGCGAUUACGAAGUCAACGAGCGCGUCGACUGGGUGAGAACGUGGCCGGGAAUGGUCGUGCUUUGCGUCUCCCAGAUCUACUGGAGCAUCCAAGUGCAGAGCGCCCUCAUGACGCACAUGGAGUCGGCGAUGGAGACGCUCUACCGGAAGCUCAGGAGGCAGAUUAUCGACGUCGUUAACCUCGUUAAAGGUCAACUGUCGAGGCAGAACCGAACGACUUUAAACGCGCUAAUCACGAUAGACGUUCACGCGCAAGACGUCGUCAAGUCGCUCAUCGACAAGAGGAUCGUAAACGAAACGGACUUCGAGUGGCUCGCGCAGCUGCGGUAUUACUGGGAGGAUGACGUUAUCGUCAGAAUAAUAAACGCCAGCGUUGCAUACGCCUACGAAUACUUGGGAAAUUGUCCUCGGCUCGUUAUAACUCCGUUAACCGACAGAUGCUAUCGAACGCUGAUCGGUGCCUACUCGCUGCAUCUCAACGGAGCCCCGGAAGGUCCAGCCGGUACCGGAAAGACCGAGACCACGAAAGACUUAGCCCGCGCUCUAGCCGUACAGUGUGUCGUCUUCAACUGUUCUGAAGGACUGGACUACAAAAAUAUGGGCAAGUUUUUCAAGGGUCUCGCUUCUUGCGGAGCCUGGGCUUGCUUCGACGAGUUCAAUCGAAUCGAGCUCGAAGUACUGUCCGUCGUGGCCCAGCAGAUACUCUGCAUUGUUCAAGCUGUGCGAGCUAACGUGGAGACCUUCAUAUUCGAGGGCACAGAGUUGAGGCUCAAUCCAGCAGUCUACGUCUGCAUCACCAUGAAUCCAGGCUAUGCUGGUCGUUCGGAGCUUCCAGACAACUUGAAAGUCCUAUUCCGUACAGUGGCCAUGAUGGUACCGGACUAUGCGAUGAUAGGCGAGAUCUUCCUCUACUCUUCGGGAUUCGCUGAUGCCAGAGCUUUGUCCGUCAAGAUCGUCACGACGUACAAACUCUGCUCGGAGCAGCUGUCGUCCCAAUUCCACUACGACUACGGUAUGCGAGCUGUCAAGACGGUCUUGACAGCUGCGCAAAAUAUCAAGCUGAGAUUGCCCGACGAAGACGAAACGAUUCUUCUUUUGCGGUCGAUCGUUGACGUCAAUUUGCCCAAGUUUUUGGCGCACGAUGUACCGCUGUUUCAGGGUAUUAUUUCUGAUCUGUUCCCUGGAGUGAAUCUGCCGUCGCCCAGUUACGAAGUUCUGUUGAGAGCUGUGAGCGAAGUGGCAAAAAAGAGGAAUCUUCAGUGUACUGACGGAUUCAUUCUGAAGAUCAUACAGACUUACGAGAUGAUGAUCGUUAGACAUGGUUUCAUGCUCGUUGGUGAACCGUGUGGAGGUAAAACGACAGUUCUUCACACGUUGGCCGAUGCUCUGACUUUGAUGCACGAGUGGAACGAUGAGAACGGGGCGAUAACUCGCUACAUAACUAUCAAUCCCAAGUCAAUUACCAUGGGACAAUUGUACGGACAGUUCGAUCCAGUUUCAUCCGAGUGGACGGAUGGAGUGUGCGCUGUUUUCUUCAGAAAGUUCUGCAGCGAAGAAUCAGCUGACAGGAAGUGGCUGAUAUUCGACGGUCCAGUAGACGCAGUCUGGAUCGAAAAUUUAAAUACGGUUCUGGAUGACAACAAAAAGUUGUGUCUCACUUCUGGCGAAGUCAUGCAGAUGUCCAAUGUCAUGUCAAUGAUCUUCGAGGUGAUGGAUCUACAGCAAGCGUCACCUGCUACUGUCUCUCGAUGCGGCAUGAUCUACAUCGAACCUCACGUUCUCGGUUGGAUACCAACUGUCACAUCUUGGGUGAUCAGCGCUAAUCCCGUUUGGAGAGAGAACCACGAAGCGGUUAUAAAUGCUAUGAUAGAUUGGUUUUUCGAGAUUUGUUUGGAGUUCACCAAGAGAAAGUGCAAUAUGACUCUGCACGCUGGUCAAAUUAAUCAAAUCACUUCGACGCUGAAUUUGAUCGAGAUGUUCAUGAACGAUGCUGUUGAAGAGAACGACCCAGAAGACAUUGGCCAAUACAUAGAUUACUGGCUGCAGGCUUCGUUUUUAACUGCUCUUGUUUGGGGUGUGGGAGGGACUUUGGAUGCGAAUUCACGGACAAAUUUCAAUGAGUUCAUCACUACCUUAUGGAGAAAUGAAAACCCAGAUUACCCUGUUCCAGCUGAACUGAAUGAUACGAUAUCUCUGCCCAGCGAUGGUCUCAUUCAUGACAAUUUUUACGUAUUCAAAGGCAAAGGCACGUGGAAGUUCUUUGGUGAGGUAGUCCGGGCUGAGGCUAUUGUCGAGACUCAGAGUAUAGGGCAGAUGCUGGUGCCAACCAUUGAUACAGUCAAGUAUCAACACAUAUUUCUACGUCACAUCAAGCACAAAAAGCGGUUCCUUCUCUUCGGCAAGACUGGAACUGGCAAGAGCUUUUACAUUCAGGAUAUGAUGAUGAACAAACUGGGCGACGAAGCCUAUUUACCCAAUUUCAUAACGUUCACGGCCAGAACGACUGCCGCUCAGACUCAAGAGCUCGUGAUAUCCAAGCUCUUCAAGAGAAGGAAAGGUCACUACGGUCCAGUAGGAAGUGCUCAGUGCGUGUGUUUCAUCGAUGACGUCAAUAUGCCGGCGAAAGAGGUGUACGGAGCUCAACCACCGAUCGAGCUUCUGCGUCAGUUCUUCGAUCACGAGCUAUGGUACGAUCUGAAGGAACCAGAGAUGGUCAAGGUAUACAACACGAUGUUCAUAUGUGCGAUGGCACCUCCUGGGGGUAGCAGACAGGAUAUCUAUCCGCGUUUCCUGAGACAUUUCAACCUCUACGAAAUCAGUGAAUUCUCCAACGAUAGUAUCUUUCGGAUCUUCACCAAUGUAGCGCUGGUUGGACUAAAGAGAAGGGGAUUUGCUUCGGAUGUCAGCACCACGGUAAAUAGUAUCGUGAACGCGACUAUGUCGGUAUUUGAAGGAGCUAGAGCCGAACUUCGGCCUACACCAGCCAAGUCACACUAUCUGUUCAACCUUCGCGACUUUGCCCGCGUUAUAACCGGAUGCGCUAUGAUUAGGAAAGAGUCAGCUGAAACUCGUGACAAGUUCGUCCGUCUCUGGACUCACGAGAUCUUGCGUGUGUUUGGUGAUCGUUUGAUCGACUCAGACGAUUCCAAGUGGUUGUUUGUCAAGAUAAAAGACACCGUUGACAAAGUAUUGAAGGAAUCUUUCGAUGGAAUUUUCGGAGAUUUGCCAAAGUAUGACGGUAAAAUUACGGAAGACAGCCUUCAGCAUUUGAUUUUCGGUAAAUUUAUGGACACGGACGCCCUCGGGGAUGAUAGAAAGUACGAGGAAAUCGCUUCUAUGGAGCAGUACCACGAAGUCGCGAGUCUUUGCUUAGAAGAGUACAACACUACUCACAAGAAUAAAAUGGACAUCGUCCUCUUCCGUUAUGCCCUCGAGCAUCUCGCCAGGAUUUGCAGGAUUCUAGCUAUUCCUUGUGGAAGUCUUCUGAUGGUUGGAGUUGGAGGAUCUGGAAGGCAGUCGCUCACCAAACUGGCUGCUGAGAUGACCGGAUGUGGAUUAUUCCAACCGGAAAUCGGCAGCGCUUACGGUAUCAACGAGUGGAGAGACGAUAUUAAGAAGGUUUUGAAGAUCGCUGGAGGAGGUGGAAAAGAUACGGUGUUCCUUCUGACUGAAGGUCAAAUCAAGGAAGAGGCUUUUCUGGGAGAUAUAGACGGUCUCCUCAAUUCUGGCGAGGUUCCUAACCUGUUCAACGUCGAGGAGAGACAGGAGGUAAUCGAACUGACAAGACUUGCCGCUCAAGGUGGCAACAGAAAUCUGGACAUCUCUGUGCUUUCCAUUCUGAGAUUCUUCGUCAAUCGCUGUAAAGAAAAAUUGCACGUGAUGAUGUGCUUCAGUCCCAUAGGCGAGUCCUUUAGGACACGUCUAAGAAUGUAUCCCAGUUUGGUGAACUGCUGUACCAUAGACUGGUUCCAAGUCUGGCCAGAAGAUGCACUGGAGCAGGUGGCGUUACGUAGCACGACGAACAUCGACGUCGAUGAAGAUGUCAAGGUGAACGCUGUGGUAACUUGCAAGUAUUUCCACACCUGCGCCAAGGAGAUAAGCGAGAGGUUCUAUGAGACCGUCGGCAGGAAGACUUACGUAACUUCUGCCGCGUUUUUGGAUCUGAUAAGAGCUUUUGGAGAACUCAUGAAGGAGAAGCAGGAGGAAGUGACACUGGCUAGAGAGCGUUACAUCGGUGGGCUCGAUAAGCUCGAGUUCGCUGCUCAGGAGGUCACGAAGAUGAAGGCGACUCUCACGUCACUUCAACCUCAGCUGGAGAAAUCAGCCAAACUCACGGCUGAGACGAUGAAAAAGAUCGAAAGCGAGAAUAUAUCCGUCGAGAAAGCUACGAAAAUAGUAAAGAAGGAAGAAGACGCCGCGAACAAACAGGCAGAGGUUGCCGGGGCAUUGAAAGCCGAAUGCGAAGCUGACUUGGCCGAAGCUCUGCCAGUCCUCGAAGAGGCUCUCGCUGCUCUAAAUACGCUGAAGCCGGCAGACAUAACUAUGGUAAAAUCUAUGAAGAAUCCACCGGAAGGCGUAAAGCUCGUUAUGGCUGCCGUUUGUGUCAUGAUGAAUGUUCCGCCCGAUCGCGUCAACGACCCGACGACGGGCAGAAAGAUUUUGGAUUACUGGGGCCCGAGCAAGCGCAUCCUCAGCGAUAUGAAGUUUCUUGAUUACCUCAGGGAUUAUGAUAAGGAUAAUAUCCCCGUUAAUAUAAUGCAGACGAUAAAGAAGGUCUACCUAACUGACAAAAACUUCGAGCCAUCAAAAGUAGCGAAGGCCUCGCAAGCAGCGGAAGGUCUAUGCAAAUGGGUUCGCGCAAUGGUGCUGUACGACCGGGUGAUCAAGAUAGUGGCGCCGAAGAAGGCGAAGCUCGCCGAGGCCGAGCUGAGCUACGAGGCGACGAUGAAUUUCCUGAAGGAAAAGCGCGAGAUGCUCGCCGAGCUGAACGAAAGACUGGCGGCGCUGAACGAGCAACUAGCCGAGACUCUCGAGAGAAAAAUCGAUCUCGAGAGCCAGGUGACACUCUGCAGGAACAAGCUAAUUCGAGCUGAGAAGCUGAUAAGCGGUUUGGGUGGCGAAAAGACGCGCUGGACGCAGUGCGCCGAGAACCUUCAACGUUCCUACGACUCACUCCCUGGCGACGUUCUCAUCUCUUGCGGGAUGAUCGCCUACCUAGGUCCCUACACGAGUUCCUACCGCCUCGAGAGUCUCUCCAAGUGGACGUCCUACGUCGCCAGCCUCAAAAUCCCCUUGUCUUCGGACUACAGCUUCGUUGGGGUCCUUGGCUCCGAGAUAAAGAUCAACUCCUGGAACAUCUACGGUCUGCCGAGAGACUCCUUCUCGACCGAGAACGCCAUCAUCAUGGACAACACCAAGCGCUGGAGUCUGUUUAUCGAUCCGCAGAGUCAGGCCAACAAGUGGAUCCGAAGCAUGGAGAAGCUCAACGAACUCGAGAUCGUCAAACUCACCGACGCCAAUUACAUGGGGAUCGUCGAGCAGUGCAUCGAAUUUGGUAAGCCGGUGCUGAUUGAGAACGUAGGCGAAGACCUGGACGCGCCAUUGGAUCCGAUACUGGCGAAGAACAUCUACAAGGUGGCGGGGGCUUGGUACAUAACGUUGGGUGAAAAGUCCGUGGAGUACAGUCUGCGCUUCCGGCUCUACAUCACCACGAAGCUACGCAAUCCUCACUACUUGCCGGAGGUCUUCAACAAGGUUACCUUGAUAAAUUUCGCCCUGACAAUCGAUGGCCUCGAGGAUCAGCUGUUGGGUAUCGUCGUCGCGAAGGAGAGACCGGAUCUGCAGGAGAAACGCGAGUAUUUGAUCGUUCAAGGGGCUGCCAAUAAAAAGGCGCUUAAGCAGGUAGAAGACGACAUCCUCCGAACCCUGUCCGUCUCCGGCGCGAGCAUCCUCGAGGACGAGGAGGCCAUUGAAAUAUUGGACUCCUCGAAGCUCCUCUCGACCGAUAUAAUGCGCAAGCAAGAGUCGGCCAAAGAAACCGAGUCGAAAAUCGAGGCUUUCCGUCAGAGCUACCGUCCCUUAGCGAAGCACAGCUCUUGCCUGUACUACACAGUGACGGACCUGCCCAACAUCGACCCGAUGUAUCAGUACUCGCUCGGCUGGUUCAUCAAUCUCUACGUCCUGUCGAUCGAGGCGGCGAAUAAGAGCAACGUACUCGAGCGCCGGCUUGGCUUCCUUCGCGAGACCUUCACUUACAAUCUCUAUCAGAACGUCUGUCGAUCGCUUUUCGAGAAGGAUAAGGUCCUCUACUCGUUCAUCCUGUGCACGACGAUUCAGCAAGCGAGUGGGGAUCUUUCUCGGGACGCGAUGAGCUUCUUCCUGUCUGGUGGCCUGGUCCUGCAGUCCUCCUCGGCUCCGAAUCCGGCGCCCGACUGGCUUGCCGAGAAGUCUUGGGAAGAGAUAAAGCGCUCGGCUAAUUUGCGCCCCUUCGCCAGACUUGCCCAGGACUUUGAUGCGGCUAGAUGGAAGACCUUCUACGACCACGUUAAUCCCGAGGAGGCGAGCUUGCCGCAACCGUGGGAGCGUGAGCUCACGGAUUUUCAGAAGCUCAUUGUUAUGAGGAUGAUUAGACCUGAUAAAGUCAUUCCCAAGGUCCUCCAGUACGUGCGCAAAUCGAUGGACGCCCGCUUCGUGUCGCCACCGUCUUUCGACAUCUCGCGCUCCUACGCCGACUCCAACUGUCUCGUUCCUCUGAUCUUCAUCCUGUCGCCGGGUUCCGAUCCGAUGGCAGCUCUGGCCAAGUUCGCCGAGCAGUCGGACUACUCGUCCCGAUUUUUCUCAAUAUCUCUGGGUCAGGGUCAAGGACCCAUAGCGCAAGGUCUCAUCAGAAAAGCUCAGGAGGAUGGUUGCUGGGUCUGCCUGCAGAAUUGCCAUCUGGCAGUUUCUUGGAUGCCGGAGCUGGAGAAGAUCUGCGAGGGUCUGGAUCUGACCAAUACAUCCAUCAAUUUCCGACUCUGGCUGACGAGCUAUCCGUCCGACAAGUUCCCUAUCGCUGUUCUGCAGAAAGGGGUCAAGAUGACAAACGAGCCACCGAGUGGACUCAGGCAGAACCUCAUGAGAUCGUACACUUCGGAGCCGGUCAAGGAUCCGGACUUCUUCAGCGGCUGCCCCGGCAAGGAGCGAACUUUUACGAGGCUGCUUUAUGGACUUUGCUUCUUCCACGCCGUCGUCCAAGAAAGACGAAAUUACGGCUCGCAGGGAUGGAAUAUACAAUACGGCUUCAACGAGUCGGAUUUCCAGAUCUCAGCGCAGCAGCUGCAGAUCUUCGUGAACGAGUACGAGGAUGUCCCGUUCAAGGCCAUCCUCUACCUGACCGGCGAGUGUAAUUACGGAGGUCGAGUGACCGACGACCGCGACCGUCGCUGCCUGAACACGAUCCUGCGCGACUUUUACAACGCCGAGGUUAUUAGAAGCCAGGAUUACAGCUUCGCCGGAGAGGCGCUCGAGUAUACUCUGCCGAAAAAAUGCGAGUACCGUGAUUACAUAAAGCAGAUAGAUUCGAUCUCGGCGCAGCCGUCGCCCGAGGUGCUGGGCCUGAACGUGAACGCUGGCAUCACGCGCGACCUCGACAUCUCCAAGACCUUCUUCGAUUCGCUGGCUCGCAUGCAGGGUGGCGCAAGCAUAGGCGACGCCAGUCGUCAGGACGAGCUUCUUCUGGCCAUGAAGCGUGACAUCUACGAUCGUCUUCCCGAGCUGUUCGACAUCGAGGAAGCGCAAAAGUUGCAUCCAGCUUCCUACGCCGAAUCCAUGAACACGGUGCUCAUACAGGAGAUGGAGCGCUACAACGUACUGCUCAGGGAGAUGAGGGUAUCGAUGACGAUGCUGGAGAAAGCUGUCAAGGGUCUGAUCGUCAUGACACCCGAUCUUGAGACACUAUCCGCUCACAUGCUCAGCGGCAAUAUUCCACCUUCGUGGCGUUGGGCAAGUGCCUAUCCUAGCCUCAAACCGUUGGCCAGUUUCGUCAACGACUUCCUCGAGAGGCUUGCCUUUUUCAGCGACUGGCUGUACAACGGAAAACCUCCGACGUUCUGGAUCUCCGGAUUUUCCUUCGUUCACGCGUUCCUCACCGGUGCUGCGCAGAAUUACGCGAGGAAAUACAAGAUAUCCAUUGAUUUGAUCGACUUUGACUUUGAGGUUCUCUCGGUUUACGAAACGAGCUCACCUCCGGAGGACGGGGUGUACGUGCGCGGCAUGUACCUGAGCGGAGCUCGUUGGGACUUGGCCAGCCGCCGACUUGCCGAGGCUCGACCCAAGCUCCUUCACGAGCCGGUACCGUUGGUCUGGUUGAAGCCGCGACCUCGAGCUGAAAUCGAACCGCGAGGCCGAUACCUCUGUCCACUCUACAUCACUUCCGAGCGUUUUGGUACCCUCAAGACCACCGGACAUUCCACCAACUACGUCCUCUCGGUGAUGCUCGAUACCGACAGGCCCGUUAGUCACUGGAUCAAAAGGGGAGUCGCCCUCCUCUGUCAGCUCGACGACUGAGAAUUUUCAAGCGAUGAUAUGCUUACAUUUUUUAAUCUACGUUAUAAAAAAUUGUACUUUAAACGCCCUGUGGUACAAGAGUCUGUUUUGCAAGGUAAUAAAGGUUUAUGCAUAAAAAUUAUGAAUAUAA